AUGCGGGGAUUACCUCAAGAGGUCCUGGGGAUCCCCGGACCCAAGAAGAUCAUCCAGACUCUAGGCUCCUUGUUGCUCGCACAAAGCUCAGAUGAAAGACCGUCUCCCGGUGUCUCGUCCUCAUGUCCCGUUUCUGAAAUCAGCUGUCAGGCCAAGUACCAUGGCCAGGAUACCUGCUGUUUCAACUACCCCGGCGGUCAGAUGCUCCAGACUCAGUUCUGGGAUGCAGACCCCGCCAUUGGCCCCGAAGAUGCAUGGACUAUACAUGGGCUGUGGCCCGAUCAUUGCGCCGGCGGUUUCGAUCAAUUCUGCGAUUCCAAACGGAGAUACAGCAAUAUUUCGUUGAUCCUGGUUGACUCCGGUCGUGGAGACCUGUUGGAGUAUAUGAGCGAAUACUGGAAGGAUUUCCGUGGGGAUGAUUCUAAUCUAUGGCAGCAUGAGUGGAACAAGCACGGCACUUGCGUGAGCACCCUUGAGACACACUGCUAUGACGACUACUUGCCACAACAAGAGGUUGUGGACUACUUCGACAAGACUGUAGAGGUCUUCAGAGAACUGCCCUCUCACGAGUUUUUGGCGAAUGCAGGUAUCAUACCGUCCCCGACGCAGACAUAUAAUCUCGUGGACAUUGAGGCUGCCCUGGAAAGCGCUCAUGGAAGCCCAGUGACCGUUCGGUGUCGAGGUGGUGCUCUCAACGAAAUUUGGUACUAUUUCAAUAUUGCGGGAAGUCUGCAGAAAGGAUCCUUCAUUGCUGCGUCACCAGAUGGUCAGAAAUCCAACUGCCCUUCCAGGGGCAUCAAGUACCCGUUGAAGCGUGCUCGGCACGAGCCCACCCACACGACAACUGGCAGCCACCCGGCUCCUACAGAGCCCGGAACCCCAUUCACUGAUAGGGGAAACCUGAUGGUCUCUACUCUUAAUCGCAGACACGGCUGUAUCAUCAGCUACGGUACUUGGUUCUCGUCAGGGACCUGUGCUACUUUCCGGGCCGAGAAACUUACAGGUCCGUACUCCAUGCAGAUAUAUGGGCCCUGUGCAUUCGAGCGGGACGCCCUUACUUGCGGCCCUCAUGUCAAUUCCCCUACCGAAUUCACUGCUCAAGAUGGGAAAUUGGCUUAUAAAGAUCAGACUACUUUCUAUGCCGACCAGGCACCCAAGGGGCGUACACAGAGUAACGUAUAUGCUUCGCAAGGGGGUCGACCCAUCGAGAUUGAGAUCACUUGGGCAUCGAAAUAA